AUGUUUGAAAAAAUCAAGAAAGUUUUAGUUGCAAAUAGAGGUGAAAUUGCUUGUAGAGUAAUCAAAUGUUGUAAAGAAAAUGGAUUGAAAACUAUUUCAAUCUUUUCUGUUGAAGAUUCUGAUGCCAUGCAUGUAUACUUAGCUGACGAAUCUUAUUUGUUACCAGGAAUUGGGGCCAAUGCAUAUAUCAACAUCGAAGAAAUUGUCAAAAUCGCUGUUGAAUCUCAUGCAGAUGUCGUGGUUCCAGGUUAUGGAUUCUUAUCUGAGAAUAGUAAAUUUGUCGAAAGUUUAGAAGCCAAAGGAAUUUUAUUUGCUGGUCCUUCAGUUGAAUCAGUUGAAACUUUUGGUUUGAAACACAGUGCUAGAACUUUAGCAAGUCAGAAUAAUGUUCCAAUUGUCCCAGGUACUGAUUUAAUUGAUAAUACUGAAGACGCAAUUAAAGCGGCUGAUGCCAUUGGUUACCCUAUUAUGAUCAAAUCCACUGCUGGUGGUGGUGGUAUGGGUUUAAAAGUAGCAUGGAACGAAAGUGAAUUGGUUUCAUCUUUAUCAGAAGUUAUUUCUCGUGGUAAAACAUUAUUUUCCAAUUCUGGUGCAUUCUUGGAGAAAUAUAUCGAGGCUGGUAGACACAUUGAAGUUCAAAUUUUCGGUAAUGGUAAAGGUGAUGUGAUAGCUUUUGGUGAAAGAGAAUGUUCAAUUCAAAGAAGACAUCAAAAAGUUAUUGAAGAAGCUCCUUCUCCAUUUAUUCUGUUGCCUGCUUAUAAUCAUAAAGAUUUGAGAGUCAAAUUGAGUAAAUGUGCUAUUGAUUUGGCUUCAUCAAUUAACUAUAAAUCUGCUGGUACAGUUGAGUUUUUGGUUGACGAUGUCACAGGAGAAUUUUACUUCUUAGAAAUGAAUACAAGAUUACAAGUUGAACAUGGUAUUACUGAAUUAAUCUAUAAUGUCGAUCUUAUGAAGUUAAUGUUGAUGCAAGCAGAAUAUGAAGCUAGAGGUGAAAAAGGUAUACCUUUAGAUGUGUUGAAAGGUGAAGGAGAUUAUGAAUUUGAUACUGUUGCUAUUCCUAAAGGACAUGCUAUCGAAGUAAGAGUUUACGCUGAAAACCCUGUUAAGAACUUUCAACCAUCACCAGGUAUUUUGCAUUUAGUAAAAUAUGGUGAAACUUUACCUGAAUGUAAAUUACGUAUUGAUCAUUGGGUAACUACUGGUUCAAAAGUAUCACCAUAUUUCGAUCCCUUAUUGGCCAAGAUUAUGGUUUGGGGUAAAGACAGACAAGCUGCUACUGAAGGAAUGAUUAAGGUUUUAUCUACCACCGAAAUUUGUGGUCCUACCAUUAACAUAGAUUAUCUUAAUGAAAUCUUAAAAUCCAAAGAUUACCAAUCCGGUAAUACACUAACAUCAUUCUUGAAUUCAACUUUCGACUUCCAACCUAAAUUGAUGGAAUUUUUAACUCCAGGAUCAUACACUACUAUCCAAGAUUUACCUGGAAGAGCCAGUUACAGCGCAGGUGUUCCUUUGAGUGGUCCAGCUGAUCCAUUGUAUUUCCAAUUAGGAAACUUAAUAGUUGGUAAUGACAAAUCGGUCGCUGGUUUGGAGAUAUCCCUUAAAGGUCCAAACAUCAAAUUUCAUUCCCUGGCCAGAAUUGCCUUGACAGGAGGUAAAUUCAAGUUUAAAGUCAAUGGAGUUGCUGCACCAAUGUUUACUGCUAUCGAUGUUCCUAAAGGGUCAGUUGUGAAAAUUGGUGAUGCUAUUGGACAUGGUUCUAAAUGUUAUUUAUGUAUUGAGGGUGGGUUACCUGGUGUAGCUGAAUAUUUAGGUUCUAAAUCGUGUACUCCUACGUUGAAUUUGGGUGGACAUCAAGGAAGAACAAUCAUGGGUGGUGACUGUUUAUCAAUUAUUUCCCAACCAAAUUUUGAAAAAGUCAAUUACGGAUUCCAAUUGCCUGAAAAGUGUACUCCUGAUAUUGAAAAGUUGGGUGACGAUGAUAUUUGGACUAUCAAAUGUACUGGAGGUCCUCAUGAUACUUCUGAUAUCUGUUCUCCUGAAAAGAUCAAGAAAUUCUAUGAAACCGUUUACACUGUGAAUUUGAAUUCUAAUCGUGGUUGUACUAGAUUAGAUGGUCAAUCUGAUGUGUUUUCUCGUGCUAAUGGUAAAGAUGGUGGAGCACAUCCAAGUAAUAUUUUAGAAUAUUCCUACCCAACUUGUGGUAUUAGUGUUGUUGGAAAUGUUAUGUCUUUAUUCGGUGUUGAUGGUAGUACAUUAUCAGGAUUUGUUUGUAUUUCUGUACCAAUUUCCAGUGAAUGGUGGAAGAGUGGUCAAGCAAAAGUUGGUAGUAGCAUUCAAUUCAAACAUAUCAGUUACAACGAUGCUUUGAAGUUAGGUGAAUUAAGAGAAAAAUUCUUGAAAGAUUUAGAAGAUGCUAUCAAGAAUGGUAAAGAAUUGCCAACUUUCAAAGAUGAAUUGGAUGAAUACGAACCUGCUGAUAAUACAAUUUUACAUCAAAGACUAGUAUCAAAAGAAUUGCCUGAAUUCACUAUCAGACAAGCUGGAGAGAAAAUGAUUGUUCUUGAUUUUGGUAUUGAAGAUUUUACCUUAGUCAACAAUGGUAGACAAAGGUUACUUAACAGUAAAGUUGAAGAGGCUUUGAAACCAUACUUGGUUAGAACUGAGGUUUCCACUGGAGCAAUGGGUAUUAUCUACGAAAACAUUGAUAGAAGUAAAUUGAUCUCCAAGAUUGUUGAACUUGAAUCUUCAAUUCCACCAACUAAAGAUCUUAAGAUUUCAAGUAAAUUAUACAAGUUACCACUUUGUUUUGAUCAUAGUGCUUUGAGACAUUGUGUGGAACGUUACAUGCAUUCCCAAAGACCUUAUGCUCCUUACUUACCUAACAAUACUGAAUUUGUCAUGAAAGCCAAUAACAUACCAACUAUGGAGGAAUUCAAGAAAAAUGUUAUUGGCCAAAGACAAUGUGUUACAGCCGUGUCAUUCUUAUGUGCAAAUACCUUAUCCGUCAAUUUAGAUCCAAGAACGAGAUUCAAAACAGGUAAAUACAAUCCUGCUAGAACAUUCACUCCAAAAGGUGCUUUUGGUAGUGGAGCUGUAGCUCAUUCUAUUUAUUCAAUUGAUUCACCUGGGGGUUAUAUGAUUUGGGGAAUGGUUUUACCUGAUUUGACUUGGAACACUUUCAGUAGAUUGAAUGUCACCGAUCAUGAUAACUCCAAACCUUGGUUUUUCGAACCUUUUGAUCAAGUUGAAUAUUAUGAAGUUGAUGAAAAGACCUUAACUGAUUUGAACAAUCAAUUACUUGCAGGUAAAUUAGAAAUCGAAAUCGAAAAUAUCGAAUUUGACUUCAAAGAGUACAUUGAAUUCUUAGACAGUAUUGAUGAAGAAUUGACUGAAAUAAAUAACAAGAAACAACUUGCAAUUGACAAUUUAAUGGAACAAGAGGAAAAUUCCAGAAACAAAUGGUUAAAAGAAUUAGAAAUCGCCAAACAAUCCAAAUCUACUGAUGAUAAUAUCUUGAACGAUCCCUCGACCAUCAAGGUUUUAUCAUCAAUGGCUGCUAACAUCUUCAAAAUUAAUGCCAAGAAAGGUGAUACCAUCGAUGCAGAAGAUGUCAUUAUCAUUUUGGAAGCCAUGAAAAUGGAAAUACCUGUUAGAGCUGUUAAUGAAGAUGAAGACAGUGAUGAAGAAGAAGAACAGACUAAAGAAAAGCCAACAGUUACUGAUGUCAAAUAUGAAAUCUUAGAUGUCAUUGUUGAAGAAGGAGAUGUCGUUUCCUCAGGUGAUACCUUAGUUCUUAUCAAAGCUAUUUAA